UUCAAGCUUCUCAUCCUUUUUUUCUCCCUAAGAACACAUGGAUUCUACUAUGAAGAUCACUAUCAAUGCUUCCUUCGUAUUGUUUCUUACACUCUUGGUUUUCCUGCUACAACUCUUGUUAGUUCAAUCUUCUGCCGAUUUUGAAGUUGGAGAUGAUAAGGGUUGGGUUGUUCCCGACUCUAAGAAUGAUGAUAAAUAUAAUCAGUGGGCUUCCAAAAACCGCUUUCAAAUCAAUGAUACCAUCCGUUUUAAAUACAAAAAGGAUUCAGUAUUGGUGGUGACAGAUUCAGAGUAUGAAAAAUGUAGAUCAGCACAUCCAAUAUUCUUCUCAAAUAAUGGCGACACUAUUUACAAAUUUGAACGUUCAGGAUUAUUUUAUUUCAUUAGUGGUGUUGCUGGACAUUGUGAAAGAGGUCAGAAGAUGAUUAUCAAAGUAUUAGAGAAUGAAACUCCACCACCAUCGGGAAAUACUACCGACACUCCUUCUGAUCAUAGUGGUGCUGUUAAUCCAAUGAUUCAGAUUUCGUCAUCUUAUUUCUUUGUUGUUAUUGUUAUCUCAAUAUUCCUACUUGCUUAGUUAGUUUUAGUUUUAGUUUUAGUUUUGAAUAAUUAGUUUCAGUGGAGGGUUAGAUAUUAGUGAUUAUUUAUCAUGUUAAGGGUUUCAUUAAGGUUUUAUUCAUUUUAUCUUUAUGUUAGAGAA